UGUCAAUAUACGUCACAUACAAGUGAAAUUAUCCUCGGCCACCAUUUUAUUAUUUGCAAAUAUUAUUACUAAAUUCGUAAUAAUAUACAUUAAAAUACACUCUUUUUAUCUGAGGUGACAACGCAAGUAGCGAGGCUACGCCCAAAUUUCUGUCGCGGAUUGUUUAAUUUGCCUUCAACAUAGGCCUAUCAGACACCGCCGUUAUGGAUAUGAUGGUAUCGACAUUGCAACAGCAGCGAGCCGUGACUGAGCAGCUGCGGAGAGAGGCAGCUAUUAAGCGCAUUCCCGUGUCGUCGGCGGUGGCCGACAUCGUGCGCUAUAUCAACGAGCACGAGCAGGAGGACUGCCUGCUCGUCGGCUUCUCCAGUCAAAAAGUCAACCCUUUCCGCGAAAAAAGCUCAUGCACUGUUCUUUAAGAAAGUAUUUCAUGUGUAACUUGCUGUAAAAAAAAUCAAAGCUGUUGGUCUACACAUUUCAACUAUUUAUUUAAGUUCAAGUGGUACGUGUUAACUAUGUUUCUGAUCCAUCGUAAAACAGAUUUUAUGCUUGCAAAACUAUUUUGUACUUCAGAUAAUGUAAAUCACUGUCUCUUAUGGUCAUAAAUAUAUUUUAAAAAU